AUGCCACGCCCGGUACAUAUCGAUCGCACGCUCGCGGCACGCCUCAAUCUCGACCAGGAUGCGCUGGCCAAGUACCUCGCGACCUUGAACAUCUCUACCACAGCCGGCACGGGAGCUGCAGCCACCGCCAAUACCACCAGCGUCUCCCUUCUACCCACGAGCACGACCUCCUCCACGUCCACGCCAGCGCUCACUCCUUCCGAAAACUCGCGCGACAACCGCGGCGGCGCAUGCCUCACCCCUCGCGCCACUUCCACUACCGCGUCUACCUCUUCUCGCGCACACGGCGUUCUGCUCACUCCUUCUGCUUCGACCAUCACUUUCUCCGCCGCUAGCUCAGCUGGAAGUGACAAUGACAGUGCGAGCUCCACUCCCACCAUCACCAACACACGCGACGACACUGUCUCUAUCAGUGGUGCCUCCUCGACCCCGACGAACGAAGACGUCCUCGCCUUCUUCAAUACCCAGUACGGCAAAGGCGGGAGACUCGAGGGGUACCAGAAGCUCUGCGAGCACCUCGACGUCUCACCCAUCCCGAGUUCGAUCACUCGGUGCAAGAAGGCUCUCGAGGACAUCCACAUCAACAUCCGCGACUUCGUCCAGGCCUACGAGAACGGCGAUCCCGUCCCGCGCUUCUCUUCCGUCAGUGGUCUGCGUCAAGAUAUCAAGGGCGGUCGUCAGUACCCACUCAAAAUCGCAAAGGCAAAUCCAAUCUUGAGCGGUAUGCUCGUCACAGUCUACUUCAAGAAGUAG